AUGAGUGUCGAAGAGGAUAUUAUGAAAAUACAAAAGAAAUUGACAAAAAUGAUUUCAGCGGAUGGCACGGGCCAGGAAGAAGCAUUGGAUCUGCUGAAAUCUUUACAAACCAUGGCUAUAAAUCUGGAUGUGUUGACUAAAACCAGAAUAGGUAUGACAGUCAAUAAUCUUCGAAAAUCCAGCAAGGAUGAAGAAGUGAUAUCUCUAUGUAAAACUUUGAUUAAAAACUGGAAGAAGUUCUUGUCACCAGGCACUCCUGGUAAAGAUAAUGGCAGCUCCUCAAAAUCUAAAAAAGAAGGCAAAGAUAAAGAUAAAAAAGAUGAUAAGGAAAAAGACAAGAAGUUGCCGGCUUCAUUUCCACCACAAAACAAUACCACUGAUGCUGUAAGGCUGAAGUGUAGGGAACUUCUCACACAAGCUCUUAAAGUUGAUGGUGAAAACCCAAAUGCAUGUGGGAGCCCUGAGGAACUUGCUGAAGAAUUAGAGGAAUGCAUUUACGCUGAGUUUAAGAAUACUGACAUGAGAUACAGAAACAGGGUAAGGUCAAGAGUAGCCAAUCUGAAAGAUCCAAAGAAUCCAACAUUGCGUACAAACUUUCUUAAUGGUGUGAUCUCAGCUUCCCGCCUUGCCAAGAUGACUCCAGAGGAAAUGGCCAGUGAUGAAAUGAAGAAGCUGAGAGAGAAGUUCAUUAAGGAGGCAAUUGACGAUGCUCAGUUGGCCACAGUACAGGGUACAAAAACUGACAUGCUUAAGUGUGGCAAAUGCAAAAAGAAGAACUGUACAUAUAACCAGUUACAGACAAGAAGUUCUGAUGAACCUAUGACUACAUUUGUACUUUGUAAUGAAUGCGGGAAUCGCUGGAAAUUCUGUUAA